AUGAAAUACCACUCCUUCUUGUUCGCAGCUUCUGCUGCUGCGGUGGCGGUGCACCACGGCAAAGUUCCACCACCAGACGCUGACGGUAGAUAUACGUUAGAAGCUCCGGGCAUUCGAGCACAGUUCAUUCCCUACGCCGCGACCCUGACGAAUCUGUUUGUCAAAGACAAGAACGGUGUAGAACGGGACAUUGUCCUUGGUUAUGACAACACAUCCUUCUACCCGGUGGAUCCAGGACACCCUGUCUACAAUGCCAUCCCCGGGCGAUACGCUAACCGCAUCGGUAAUGGAAAGUUCAAGAUUGACAAUGUCACCUACACUACUGUGCAAAACGAUGGCCCCAACACUCUGCACAGUGGACCGAAUAAUUGGUCAUUCCGCACCUGGAAUGUAACUGAGGUCACGAAAGAUUCAAUCUCAUUCUCUAUCUACGAUCCGGCAAACUCUACCGGCAUGCCGGGCCAUGUGGAGGCGAACGUCACAUAUUCUCUGCAGAAGAACAAGUGGAAGAUCACGAUGGACGCCAUUUCGCCAGAUACCAAGACCCCUAUCAUGCUGACACAGCAUACCUACUUCCAACUCGACGCGUUCGCAAAUCCAACCAACCGUACCAUCUGGAACCACACUCUCUCGAUGCCGUAUGCGCACCGCGUGAUGAAGAUCGACGGGAACGCCUUGCCUACGGGAGAAAUAGCAAAUGUUUCCAAGAGCGACAUUGACGACUUCUGGUCUGCUCCUCGCCAGCUUGGCUUUGCAUCCGGAAACAAGGAGUUUCAGGGCCACUGCGGUGGUGGCGGGGCCUGCCACGGAUACAAUACAAACUGGGCGUUCGAUGACAAGAGACCGGGUGAUGCUGUCGUUGCUACUUUGAGCAGCGCGUGGAGUGGUAUUAAGGCGGAUCUUCGCACGAACCAGGAUGCGAUUGUGCUUUACACUUGCAACUGGAACGACGGCAAGACCGAGUUCAAGAGCACUCAGGGUGUCAAGGGUCAGGAUAAGUUCAUCCCGAGAGAUGGAUGCAUCGCGAUUGAGGCGCAGGACUACGUUGAUGGAAUCAACCAUCCGGAAUGGGGCCGCCUGGGUAAGCAGCUCUUCGGACCUGGACAGAAGUACCACUGGGAAUCAUCUUGGACCUUUGGCGUGGUUGAAGAUGCUUAG